UUUCUCUAUUAAGCGUUUCAAAUGAUAGUCAAAGCUUCCUCAAUCCUGAAGAUCCUUUAUCCAUUGUAUAAAAUGCUAUAUUUUUCUAUAUAAAAAAUAGAUUUUCGUAGAACAACAAAUUAGAGAAAAAGUAUGUACGCAGAGUAAAUAUUUCUCGUUUCAAGUAUGGUCGUAAAAUUCUACACGCGUUAUAAAAACUCAAUAUUGUCAUCUUGUUCGUAUAUACGUCGAUAAACGGCCACUAAAUUCGGUAUGCAAAGGAUAUUGGAACCGUAAGUUAUGACAGAAUCUUGAGUGCUGAUAACGUAUCGGUCGGGAUUUUGAUAUUGUAGCAGCAUACUCCCAUAACUCAUUCCAUACGAAAGAAAAAUUUAGUAACUAUAAAACUAUAAAAGGUAAUUAUGAUAAUUCAUGACUCGAAAUAAGAUUUUGUCAUCGAUCCGUGAGAUUGUUGAGUUUGAGUUGAGCAUGUACAUAUAUACCUAUGGAAGUUAACAAAUCGAUGCUUUCAACCGUCUGCAGUUACCUACAGAAGCUAGAUCAAUCCAUUUCGAAACGAUUUAUUAUUUUUUUUUUCGACAGUAUACAAGACGAUUCUGAUAAUCAUUACACAUUUCUAUAAUAGCUUUUAUUUGAUACAAUUUUUCACCCUGAAUUAGUAGAAAGACAGUGAUUUUUUGAUAUCCAAUUCUUUUCCAUGGCUGCUGGUUAUGAUGCAAUUUUUUCUCAAGGUAUAAAACCAAAAUUUGAUAAAGGCUAAGGAAAAAACAACAUGCAAUAAAACUGUUUUGAGUUUCCAGUAGGUGACCCCAAAUGGUACGGUGAUGUAACGCCCCCGGUUAUAAAAGAAGCGCGAGGUUUGAAUUAUAAUCUGAACACAUCUACCCGAUGUCCUCGAUGUCCUCGACCGUGUCCUCGACCCAAUACUCUGAGAUGGGUUUGACUGAAGUCUGCUACCUCGUGUGAGAACUUCGGGAAGUAAUUGAGAAUGAGUUGAAAAGACGGGAUUGACAUGGUGUGUGAGCAUUCGAUAACGCGAUUCGCUUUCAGAGUGUCAUAGCCCCGAAUCCGCAUCACAAAUUUCCAUGAAAAACUCCACAGGAGUUCUUACAUUAUAAUAUUGAUUGUUAAAUUAUUAUUAGCUUUUCUUUAUAACGUGGUGCGAUGUCGUGCUUUCGAAUCCUUCAGAGUGGUUUCUUCAUUUUUGAACAAAAACGAUGGUAAAACGAUAACGUUGCGGGACCUCUUUUUUUCUGUAAAGAAUUGUAUAAUGCUGCCUCAUGCGGAGAAACCCGUAACGAACUGAGGUUCGCCACAUUUUUGUUAAUUAAUUUUUUGAAAAGAUGAUCAACUAUACUUAACAAUCCAGAUACGACGAUACACCAUUAUUCGAUGAACCGCUAUAUACAAAACUAUACUACGAGACUUAUGAAAAUAGAAAAAAAAAUUCAUUCAAAUAGGAGAGCGAACUCAGAGCCAGUGGAGGUCAAAGUAAGCGCGCUGAAGAGACAUAUGCAUAAGCUGCUCUAUCUGCUGAAGAAGAUCGUAAAUGACUCUCUCGAUAAUACAGUAUUUUGUUACAUACACAUGUAUUACUUCAAUGACCUCUCUUUCUCUCUCACUCUUUCACUUUCAUCUAGAUUUGCCGAACUUGUGAACGAGAAAUUCGAGCCAAGUGCAGUGUGUUGCGCGGAAAUUAUUUUUCGUUUUUUUUGUCGUUUCUUUUUCUCGUCGUCGGUACAAAAGUACGAGUAUUUCGUCGAAUAUUACCAAGGUGUGAACGACUGAGAUCUUGGUCUGCAGAUUAUCGUGACUAUUUACGGAUUACACUGACGUGUGAAAAGGAGAAAAAGAGAGGAAAAAAAUUUAAAUAGCCAAUAAAUGAAUUAUCGGUGUCUCUUUGCUCCCCUCUUUCCUCCUCCCCCCACCUCGUGCCCCUCUUGCCACCGUAACCAAAUGCCUGUUCUUUCCUCCAGCCAUACCUGAGGGACAAUAAUAGAUUUGGCUGGAACCUACGGGCUGAUUAAAUAAAUAGGAUUGUCUCUCGCUCUCGAAGUGACGAACGGUGCCAGUGUGUGCCUACAUGUAACACAUGUUCAACGUACAAUAAAAGCUCUCACGUUACUUCACUUCAGACCACACUGGAGCAUGGAGGGUCAACAGUUUUGCUUGAGGUGGCACAAUUUUCAAAAUACUCUUCUCAGUUCCCUGCCAAAGUUACUCGAUGGUGGCUACUUAACGGACGUUACGCUCAGCGCCGGUGGUAGACAUAUCAGGGCUCACAAAAUUAUUUUGUCUGCUUGCAGUUACUACUUCAAAGAAUUGUUUAAGGAUUUGAGUUCACUGCAACAUCCAGUUAUCGUAUUACCAGGCAUGGAGUAUGCAAAUCUUUGCGCUCUUGUAACAUUCAUGUACAACGGAGAGGUGAAUAUAUAUCAGGAACAAUUGCCAGCUCUCUUGGCUAUGGCUGACACUUUACACAUCAGAGGUCUCGCCGACAUUGCAGGGAAGAGUAACCGAAGCGACAACGGAUUGUUCGAGAAUCCGACAACGGCAAACGAAGAGAUUGAGGCUGUUGAAACGACGAUAAAGCGCGAAAACCCGGAAGGUACGACGACAUCGGGUUCAGAAAAUUUGGAAAAUCUUUCGCAAGUGGUGGAGAAUGUGACGGUCGACGAGGAAUCGUCGAACGAUCAAGAAGGGAUUCCCUGUAGCGUGAAAACCAAGCCGUAUUAUUCGAUAAACGCGAAACUUGCCCAAAAGGAAAAGAAAACAACGACAACGUCGGUUAACGGGCCGGGUAAUACGAUGAAGAGUCCGGAUAAAGCUUAUGCGGAAAGUCGAAACGAAGAAACCCUUCCAAUCACGGAAGAUCGAUGUCCUUUACUCGAAAAUGUUAAACCGCCCCCUAUCCUCGACGCUAAUUUUCGUUUCCUCAACACUACAACCUCAACUCGUGCUGGACAACAACAGACUUGCAAUAAAACCAGCGUCACCUGUCUAAUUUGUGGCAAACAGCUCAGCAAUCAGUACAAUCUUAGGGUACACAUGGAAACUCACAGUAACAGUUCGUACAGUUGCACAGCUUGCUCACACGUAUCGCGAUCGCGCGAUGCCCUGAGAAAGCACGUCUCUUACAGACAUCCCGUUGCAGCCCCCCAAAAGCGUCCUCGGUACAGUCUUACGAAACCCUAGGGCACACACCGAUUAUAUUUCCCCAGAUUUUAGGCUUGUGUUUUUUCUGUGUCCCGUCUCCCUUUCCGUUUCCCUUGUCAAAUAUAAUAUCACAUUGAAAUCUGCGUUGUGAUUUGAAGUACUUUGGCCUCAGAGUACACACCAAAUGAUCAUGAAAACUUGACCAUCUUUAGUGAAAUUCAGCAAUAGAAAGAACAAAGAUUGUGACUCUAGUCGUUUUUAUCCUUAAAAUUAAUUACAAAAUUAGGAAACAACCCACACCAUGGUCUUUUUAUUUUUUCGUUAUCAUGUUCUAAUUCGUGCUCUGGAGUAGCAUCGUAAACGCUCAUUUUGAUUUUGACAUAAUUAUGAGGCCAACCCAUUUAUGAAAAAAAAGAUUCAAAAUACGAUGGUCUCGGCAGUGAAGUAACAGACUCGAUUGAAAUGAAUUAAUACUCGUGCUUCCUUGACAAAAAAAAAAGUAAUGUAAAUAAAUGCGUGGAGAAAAGACAAAAUUGAAAAUUCUAGUCUAUAGACACGAGAAACCGUGACGAUUUUUUGGUCGGGAGCCCGUAGCAGAGAAAUAUUUUCGGUACGGGUAUAUUUUGAAACUUGAGGAGAUUCACGGUGAUGUUGACCAGAUUUAUAACCCAAUUUAGUCCCCAUUUCCCCAAUUUGAGGUGCUUGUCCUAUGCGAAAACGAUGAAAAAUGAAUUAUAUAUACAUAUACACGAUAAAUGAAUUGUAAAUAGUUAGAAAGAAGGGCAGAUGGCGGACCUUUUCCGAUUUACUAGUCCCGAAAGAUACGCAUAUAAAAAUAAACAAUUAAGAUGAUGAAGACCCACAAUACAAUUCGCUCUAUCGAGUAUUGCGUGUUUAUGAAUUUUCGGAGCGAUUCAGUUCCUCGAAACCUCUAGUGUUCAAAUUGUUAUCGUUUUCUUGUUAUCGUUAAAUCAUUUUAAUAAAUGCCACUUAGACGCGUACAUGUAUGUGUAUAUAUUCAAAUAUAUUCACAAAUUAUACAUAUAUGUAUAUAUAAAAAUGAAUUAGUCUCACUCGGAUUAAUGACUGGAUCAUGUAAUACCUUAAGAGACUCAUAUCCCGAUAGCAAAGACCUACGAAAUCAAAAUUUUUCAAUUGCUCUUGUAAAAACUCCAACAUGCUUUUUUUCAAAAUAUUUCAUUAGGCGAAUAAUCAUAAUGUUGUAGUCCUAUGGAGUGGAAUAAAUGACAAUGAAAUUCGAUGAACAAAUUGUAACAAUAAAGUUCAAGUUUUUGAAAGUAA